UGUCUGCAUGUGGCUAGCAGGCGCAGCUAACUAGCCCCGCCCCCCUCCGCGCAACUACUCUCACGAAUUAACCGCCCCCUCCACUCUACACACUAGCCCCGCCCUCUCCAUACAACUGGUCUCAUAAAUUAGCCGCCCCCUCCAUUGAAAGACGGCCUGGUAUACACUGUCUGCGCAUGCGUCAGUUGCCCCAAGAUUCUUGGGGAUCGAGAUAUCAUAGUAAAUUAGUCAGUAUAAUUAUUGUAUAUUUUACAAUGAUGUCAUUGCACAAAUCACAGCAGUUUUAAUAAAAUAACACAGCUACUUACAACAUUUACGACCUAGACUAGUGACUAGUUUUGUUGUGAUGGCUUCUACUUCUGUUAUGCUCUUGCUCAAGCUCUCUCUAGUGUUGAAAAGUCAGAUUUUGUCUUCUUUUGUACUGUGGUAGAGUGGUAAGCGUUUUUCUGUCAGUACCGACCGGCUCUGGCAAAUCUACUUGCUUCCAGACACUUGUUUGAUGCCAUCUCAGUAAGAUCAGUGCUCCUUGUAUGAGCCUAGAGUUGUGAUGGCGAUUUCUCUCUCUUGACACUAAAUAGUUUAAUCAACCUUCUUCUUCUUCUUUGUAGCCUCCAAUUAAUGAAUAGUAUAUAGCCCAUUGGGCAGACGAAAAAGAAUAUUGAAAAUGGGUAUUAUUAUAACACGCAGCAAGAGGGUGGAGCUUUAAACCGAUGUGCGUGUGAGAAGGAGAUCAGCGCGGGUUUGCCUUAGAUCUUUGAUGAAGAGCAAGAGCCACUCUUGCGCAUGGGCAGCUUUCAGCCAGACAAGGCCUUGCAGGAGAUUGUAGAGGGUGUCAUGUAGUGCCCUUGGGUCGUGGGGGAGGUGAACACUGACGCAGGAUGGGGCAUCCUGCAGGAGAGCAAGUCUGCGCAUUGAGAGAGCAGGGCAACUUACUAAAAAGUGUGAAGGUGAUUCUUCUUCAGUGUUGCAUAGUUUGCACGAUGCAUCCCCGGGAGAGAUAUUUCCUCUGUUGCGAUAUCUAAACCUGGACGCAUCCAGCUCGAGCCCGUCACAGCCCACUAGGAGCCUGAUUCUGAAAUUUGAGGGGCCAUGCAGAGAACGAUCCAGCUGACAGCAUGACCAUAGCAUCAAAGGGCGACCUAGAAGGGCAGGGAGGGAUGAGAUAGGGAGAUUUGUGCAUGUGUCUGUCAUCUUGACGUAUUGUGUGACUAGUACAGAUUUCUUUGCAGCUGUCUUAAAAGACCCUUUGUUUUUCCCGUUUGAGAUCAUAGACGAGAGUGAAGGGUAGCAACGAGAUGAGACGAGUGUGGACCAUGUUUUUAAGAGACCUGAUGGAGAAUCAACCACGUGGAUGACCAUAGUACAAAAAGUUAAUUGAUAAAAUUAAUUACAAACAGUUUUACUAAUAAAUUUACUAUUGAAUACACCCACUCGCAAACAGUGAAUACCAAUUGUGAGUCUCAUCAUUCACACGAGUGCCUGUGACAGCACACACACUCUGCGCUGUAGCUACAACACUGUAAUAGUGAUAGUACGGAAGCCCGUAGGGGCCAUUUAAUUCCACUCUAACAUUCCACUCUAUAACCCUUUCCUUGCCAUUCGUGAAAUCUGGAACAGGAGCGUCUUUAGGUCGAUCAAUUAGUGUGGAUCCGGCCUCACCACGCCUCCAUGUCAUUCUAUUAGUCUAGAUCCGGCUAGCAAUUCUAGCUGGGACUCCCAGUUCUAGCUCCUUUUGUUUAGCGUGUCAGAGACUGGGAGAAGAUGAUUGGCACUCCCUGGCUCCUUUGGAUGUACAGCUGUCCAGAUCCCUAGAACAUACCCUCCAUUCUGACGAGUUAUCAGUGCAUAGGGUGCUUACUAGAUUCUUGCCAGCCAGUACAGUUCAAGCUACACACAGCACCGCUCAACUAUUCUCUACCCCAUUAUCUAGCUAAAUCUGGUCCAACUAGACAGCAGACACAGCUAGUUAAUUCAGUAAAGCCAGGGGUAGCCCUACUUCUACGGUUGUUCAGUACCCACGGUAACAAUUCCUCUGGGCUGGGCUAACUAGUUGAGCCACGCCUCACAAUUCUCAAGGCUAGGUACAUGUCUCUGUCUAGCUGCUUCUUCAGCUUCUUGCUCAGUUUUGUGGCUUAGAGAAAGGCCAGCUACUCAGGGGGAAGAGUCCAGAUGAAAGUCUGGCAGCCAGGUGACGUCCAAACGGUCAGUUAUUCUUUCCACCAACUUUUUAAUCUAGUCUAGUCCUGCUUGCACUGCUACUACUGCUACUGCUACUCUUCCUACUACUACUGCUGCUACUCUUCCUAGCUAGUCAAAGGUUUCUUUUUUUUUUUUUUUUUUUUUAUAACUACAUAUGCACAAAGAGACUAGCCUCGUUCCCAGGCCUUACUUUUUCUUGCUGUUGUCACUGUUCAUCCAUAAAUCACAAGAAAGACAUAGUGAGGCAGCAAAGAAAGAAAUGGGCGUACAGUUAAGAAAAAGUAAGGCCUGGUUUGGGAAAUCGCGUGAUCCACAAGGAUUUUUAUGAACGUGGGCGAUAUGUAGCCCACAAUCGUGACGUAAGGUAUUCUCCCACGCAUUCAGAGUUAAUAAAACUGUACUGAGACAACCACCCAAGCUGUGCUGCAAGUCAGAUCAGAGAACCAGCGUGGCCAGCUCUGGUGGCAGUAGCUACCUGCAAUAUGAUAAUGAUGACUAAGCUAUUCUUGAUCUAUACUAGCAUGUAGAAAGACACAAGAAAAGGUAAUAGUCUGAUAGAAUCUGAACACACAAUCUAGACUAGUAGAUCAUCUAGCUAAGCCUAAGGUAUAUAGCUAGCUAUAGUGCUUGCAAACUUCCAGUUCCAAGUCCAUGUCCAGCUUGCUGCAGGCAAAGUUUUAUUAGUCAUAGAUAUCUGCGUGGGCAGUCCAACAUCUCUAGCUCAGCAUGCCCACGCUCAUUUUCACCCUUCUACCGCCCUUCUACCCUCACGCGACUUCCCGAUACAGGCUCUCCUUUUUCCUAACUCUACGUCUAUUUCUUUCUUUAUUCCUUCAAUUAAUACCGUAUUUUAUCUCAUUGAACGAUUAAGACAGUAUUUUAUCUUAUUGAACGAUUGUGAUAAAGAACAGAAAAAGGAGAGCCUGUGUAGAGGCUACAAAGAGACAUCAAAGCUUACAUCAAAGGACACAGAUUUUUAGCCUACUUGACUGAUAAGGAGGUUACCUAGACUACAGUUUGUUUGUCAGGGAGGAGCUCACAUACAACUUCAUCUAAUUCAUCAUAACGAUUCCUUACCCAUUGUUGUAAUUUCUACAACAGAUUGCCAAGGAAAGAGAUAAUGCACUUCCACUCUAAAAUGCCACUCUAGAAUGCAUUUCCAUUCUAAAAUUCCACUCUAGAAUGCACUUCCUCAAUGGAAGGGAACGCCCCUGCGCAAAAAAUUCAGCCACGUGUGGUUGUUGUUGUUAGCUAGCUAGCCAAAAGUUGUUGUUGCCUUUAUACGUACAUGGCCAGUAGGCGCGGAGCCGGGCCAAUCACUAGGAGUACCAGGAGUUCCAAGCAUGACUCUGAUCAUGAAAGGCCAACUUCCAGCCGAGAAGAAGCAAUGGAGAAGUACAUCAAGCUUGCUAGCAGGAAGAACAGGAAAAAGCCUAUUACAACCCCCUCUAGGUCUACAACGACAUCUGCAGUCAACCCCCAGCUGUUGAUCUCUGUUGGGAGGAUGUAUCAUGACGAAAAAUUGGGUCACGGCAAAACAGAUAGGAGCUUCGAUCUUAUGAAAAUAAAUUUUGAUCGAGAAGAACGGUACGAGAAGAUCAUUGAAAAGUGCAAAAGAAUUGUGUGGAGUGAUUUCGGAGCAAAUGCUAGUAGGCAAUUCUAUCUUGCUGAUGGCUCUGGAACCUGUAUUGAGCAACCUCAAAGUCAAUUUGAGGUUAGCAGAGCUGAUGGACAACAAGAGGUGCUUCCUUGGACAUUAGAAAAUUAUCUAAAGGUGUCCAAUUUGAAGUUUGCAUCCAGAGCAAGAUUGUACUGUGUGAUGAAGACAUUAGAUGACACAGGUGUCAGUGACCCUCCGCCUGGAUAUUUUAGUGUUAAAUUUGUCUCAAAGACGCUGAGCAGGUACUCCGGUCUCUAUUCCUUUCGAACAGGAAUAUCGCAGGUGGAUUUACUUUGUAAUUUCCUUGAUACUGAAAUGGAUGACGAAAUGGAUGUAAUGAUGAGUACAAGGGACACUGUGGGUUCGUCGUCCUCCGGGUACCAGGUUUUAGAGCACAACCCACUGAGCUAUGGCUUUUCUCUUUACUCGAUUAGUGAAGGUGACACUGUGGAAACCUUUGUUGAGGACAUGUCAGCAGAGAGUGGCGUUAUCUCAUAUGGGUCACCUACUGAAGGCAGCAGCUUGGAUGUGUGUGUUAAGUGUUUUGCCUCUCAAGAGGAUGGGAGGGUGAUGCUUGCUGUUAUGGCCAUGAAUGGGUACCACAGCACUGCUUCGUACCAAUGGCUGCACAAUAAGACACUACUUAAGCACAACAAAACACCACUCCUAUAUACAUCCAGGACGGGCACAAUUACAUGUGUAGUGACAGCAAGAGAGGACCAAAAAGAAGUGCACUUCUGUGUAACUGGUUCAGAGGCAGACAUUUCUGUCAUCAGAAUAAGUAGUCAAGUAACAUCUGACCGUCAAGUCACCCCUGUGGAAGGACAGGCGGCCCUUCCUGGUGGUAUGUCUGACAGAGUCACCCCUGGUGUAGACGGACAGGCCCUUCCUGGUGGUAUGUCGGACAGUCAAGUCACCCUUGGUGUAGAAGGACAGGCCCUUCCUGGCGGUGUGUCUGACAGUCAAGUCACCCUUGGUGUAGAAGGACAGGCCCUUCCUGGCGGUGUGUCUGACAGUCAAGUCACCCUUGGUAGUACGUUUUCCUCCUCUCGGGUGUCCGACAGUCAAGUCACCCUUGGUAGUACGUUUUCCUCCUCUGGUGUGUCCGACAGUCAAGUCACCCUUGGUAUGGAAGGACAGGGCGUUCUUGGAGAGUCAAAUACGAAGAGAAAGAAACAAGAUCCCCAACAUUUGAUGUCUACCCUUCGAAGUGUAGAUGACAUGAAGAAGUUAACACUUCACUGUGAGAUUGGUCAGGGCUCUUUCGCUAAAGUUUAUAAGGCUUUCUGGAGAGGCACUGCUGUAGCAGCCAAAGUAAUUCCAAUUUCUGUAUCAACUAAAGCCAUUGAAAAAGAAUUGCUGGCGUACAGAAACUUGAUUCAUCCAAACCUGCUCAACAUGUUGGGUGUUGUUACAACGACCACAAGUGUUGCCAUAGUUACAAAUCUAGUGGAUGGAAAAGAUCUACACGAUUUGAUAUUUUGCUGUGAUUCUCGAAAGCUAACUGAGAGUGAAAAGAUCGCGGUGUGCAUUCAAGUGUGCCAGGGGCUACUUUUUAUGCAUACAGCCACUCCUCCGGUUAUACAUAUGGAUUUGAAACCAGCGAACAUAUUGGUUCAGCUACCAUCUCUUCAUUGUUUUAUUGCUGAUUUUGGCCUUGCCACUUGUAUGAGGAACACAAACCAAUUUGGCACAGCUACAAUGAGGGCGGGUACCCCAGGUUUCCAAGCCCCAGAGCAGCUGAUGGGUGUGACUAUCACUGACAAGUGCGACGUUUAUGCAUUUGGCGGAGUAAUGACAGAGCUAUUUGGAGAGAAACCAUUGUGGGACCGUGAAACACCCUAUUCGAUCACUUACAAGGUGACAUGUAAAGGCCAAUUUCCAGAAGUCAGUCAUCUACCUGACUCUGUUCAAUGUGUGGUGAAAUUGUGCUUCCAAGUUUAUGAAACCAGAGCUGAUACAUUCUCUCUUUUAAAAGCUCUUCUCAAUCUAAACUGUUGACUUUUUACUGGCCCAGUUAAUUAGGCAUGUGUUGCGUUUGAUUCAUAAUCACUUGCACAAUUUAUGUUGUGUGUAUUAUCAUCUCAUCUCAUAUCUUCUCAUUAUCACUUAAACUUUAAUAUGUUGUGCAUUAUUAAGAAACAAUAUCACAUUUUGAACUUUCCAUUAAUC